GCUUGGCUAGCCAACUUGGAUCAGCUCCUAGAUUUUAGGAGAAGUACCAUCGCCAAGUUUGAAUUUGCUAGACCUUUAGGCAUUGCUGGCAAGAAGACAGCAUUCUACUCUUGGAGCAUAAAAUGGAUACAGAAGUCAUGGGCUCAGGUAAACUGGGCCAGAUACUGAAGCAGAUUUGGAGACAAAGUCUGAUGCUGAAGCAGGCGCUCCUGGGCAAUGACCACUGUGAAGGGGCUGGUGAGGCCACUCGUAUAGCCACAGUAGUCUUUCUGGGUCAAGAGCUUAGUAGGGCCCUUCACCAACUCAUGGAGCACACAGCUGAGACUCUGCACUCUACCUGCCAGCAGCUGUACGUCCUGCUUGAGAAGGAGAAUCAGUGCAUCUGGAGACAAGAAAUCAUUAUUUUCAUAGACUGUCUCAUGAAAAUAAAUGAAUAUUUGGGGAGCACUGCUACACUUCUAAAGAAAGAAGAAAAAGAGAUGAGUAACUUAUGCAGCAAGCAUGAUGAAUGUACUCCACUGCAAACAAUGUCCACCAUUCAAAAUAUCAAAGCAACAGACAUUGCUGCAAGACGGGAACAAAAUGUCAUAGAAACAGCAACUGUUUCUCCUACAAAUGGAGAGGAAAGUCAUUACAUAAACCAGGUCCAGUUAAAAAAAAAUAAACCACAUACAAGUUCAGAAUUAGUGGCAAAAGCAAACAAUACAUCAUUGAAUGGAGAUAUAACAGGGCGAGAGGAGUCACAGAACGAAAUGUUCCUAGAUAAUGCAGAAAACGAAGAUGAUAAACAAAAAGAACACAUGACUAUUGAGAACAUAAAUGGAAACAGGGAAGAGAUGCAUGACAUAAUCCAGACAACAGAAAGAGAAAUUCAAGAGACCUCAGAAAGCCAAAGAGAAGAGAUUACUACAUCCUCAAUAACAUGUGAUAUCUCCAAUAAACAUACGAAUAGUCUUCCCAGUGACUCAGAGAGCUUAAAGCAAAACAAUAACAUAAUGGAAAAGGAGUAUCUUGAUGUGCAGAAUGAUGAUAGUAGCCCCCAAGUGUCUUGCUACAUUACAGCACCAUCAUGGAUUCUACAACAUCUAGAAUGCCGAAUAGUUAAUAGCAUGAGUUCUUUAGUAGUGAGCGGUAAUGAAGAGUUGGUCAGUAAUGUCAUCAUCGUUGAGUGCUCAGCUAUGGAAAAGAGAAUUCCAUUUCCAAUAUGCAUUGCCAUUCCAUUUACUGCACAUUACAGGGGAAAUUACAGGGACAUUCUGGUGAAAGUGUCUGAUGUAAACCUUCAAUCAAGUUACCUAAUCCCAAAUUCACUGGAAGGAAUGAGAGGAAGUUACAAGGGUACCUGUGCUGAAGUGAAAGUUUACAAGUUGGGCAUCUUAUCUGUUGUUUCUUGUUUAAAGAAAGAGUCCUUCAUAGUAACAAAGAAAGGCCUUUCUCUUAAGCCAAGCAUGGAUUCCCGACUGUCCUUAAAUUACCCUCCAGGAGUUUUCAGCUCGCCAGUGCUUGUACAAUUAAAGGUUCAACCAGUUGACCCAUCUCUGGUGGCAUAUUUAAAAACACAGCAAGAUACUUCCUACUUGGUACUAUCUACAAGCCCUCUGAUUCAUGUUCUGCACCCAUCAACUCAUACUUUCCAGAAGCCAGUCACUAUAUUCCUACCUUGUUCUCCACACCCUGAUAAAAAGAAUCUUGGGUCUGAAAUAGAUCAUAAAAGAGCAGAUAGUGCCCCAACAAACAGGAUCAUACCUUUUAACCUCAACAGGACCAAAAGUGCUUCAAUACGAAAACCUGGGAACAAUGCCUGUGACUCUUUGAAGUUACUGGGAUUCAGAAGCCGAGACAGUGAUUGGUUCGGGCUUGAUGAUGUUGUGGUGAGAACCGUGCAGAGUGGCUUGAUAUCAUUUGAAUUGUGUGAACAUUUAGAGAGGCUCAUCGUGCUUCGGCUCUCCUCUGCUGUGGACAACAGCCACUUGGUGUCUUUUGUGAAGUCUCUAGAGGAAGCCAUGCUCAGCACCACUGCCUGCAUUGUGCUGUAUCACCACAAAGACAAUCCACACAGAAUAGUUCUUUUGGUGGUGCCUUCGAAAGACUUAAACCAUGUGCUUAGGAACUUGCGUCUGGAAGCAUUCAGUGGUCCUCCAGAGCCAUCACGCCAUUUCCAAGUAAAAGAAGGAGAACAACUUCUUUUAAGAUUUGCUGGAAACAUAUUUGCUUCAAGCAAUGAGAAGGAUUACGGAAAAGACCACAAGCUUAUUUUUCAUUUACAAAGAAAACCAAGGCUGGAACUGCAAAUCAAAGAGGUGGAUGAAUUUGGAAACUAUAGCUGCCCUCAUUAUAAGGGGACCAUUGCUGUUUAUAAAAUACCUAAAGAAAAGAUAGUCCACAACUUGGAUCAACCAUUUACACUUGAUGGAAACCAUAACCAGUUGCCAAUUUGCAAAUUACCAUUGAAAUUGCCAAAGCGUGAAAAAUUAAUCAAUCAUCCACAGAGUACCAAAAGAAUCUCUACAGAUCCUCUAGAAGCCCGGUGGGACAACCUGCUCUGCUGGCUGGCGGAGGAGCUCUCAGAAGAAAACGCUGUGCGCCUCUCCUCAUCCCUCCCUGUUCGCCGCGGCACCAUUCAGCUCAUCAGACUGCAGAACCCCAAUGACCUCCCAGAACAGAUCCACAAACUGCUUUGCUUCUGGAAAAAAUCGCUCCCACAUUCCACCGAUAAACUUCGCCUUCUGGCUCGUCACCUCCGCAAGAUCGGCAGGAGUGAUCUCUCAGAAGAGCUCAAGUUCAAGUGGGAUAAAAAAGUGUUCACCGCACCCCAGCAGCAGUUUGAAGUAGCAGAGUAAAGCUGGUUUCUUCUUUCCUUUGUCCUAGAAGAGGAUCGUUGUUGGUUGCAGGAUUGUUUGUCAACAUUUUACUAGCAGUUUCCAAGUAAUGCUAUUUGAAGUGAAUAUUUUGAUAGAUGUGCUACUGAGACAAGUGGAGAAGCACUAACCAGACAGUAAGAAGCGUUCCUCCGUUUGGUCUGAGUGCUCCUUCAUGGCUCAGAGGCGAAGGUUCUGCAAGCAUGCUCUUCCUGAGUUCAGCGAAACGUAGUAGCAUUUAUAAUUGUUUGCCCUGUUUACCUUUUAAUUGCUGAGGUUGCUUUCCAAGUGUAAAGGAAAGAUAUGAUUCACUGAAUCCCCCUUUCUAUUGUUGUCUACGUAAAAAUAACCUAGUUGUGCAAUGCAGGACUCCAAGCAAAAAUUUCACAUUAUACACAUGCCAUGGGCCCCACAGGUAGCAAUACAAAAUAAAUUGGGCUGCAGAGACCUGAGUUCAGAACAGCACUCACUUCAAGAAAACAGACAAGCUUGAAAUAAAUUAAAAAUAGAAUAACACUUUAGCCAUUGAGUGCCACAAACUUUUAUUAAAAGUGUGUCUUGGAAUAAGUAAAACCUCAUAUUUUAUCAUUAGUAAAAUAAAGCAGUACAGAGAAAAUGAAGUAUCAUGUGAAAAAAUUCAGGGCAUUUUCACCUACUUUGGAGAACAACCUGCUUGUAAAUCGGUUUGACAGAAGCCUUAUUACAUAUGCCCUAUGUACUCAUCAUUUAAAAAAACACAAAACAAAAAGAAAAAAUAAUAACUACCAAAGUCCCUCUAUCAUUGAUCAUCCCUAUUAAUGUCCAAUAUAUAAGCUUUGAGGCUUUGGAAAUCUUAAAGCAACCCUGAAACAGUGGGAUAUGAUUGGGGCAUUACAUUAAUAUUACCAGUUCAUUGGUGCAAAACCAUCAGGGCCUUUGAUUGCAAACAUCAGUAGUGAUUAGUUUUGAUAACUGAGAACCUGAAAAUUAAUGAAAUCACAUGAAAAAUUAAACAUUUAUAUGGUUCUGAAAUUUAAAGACACAAUUUCCUUCUAGAGUUUAACCAAGAACCUAUGUAUCUUUGGUUAUAUAUUGAAAGAGAGAACUCUAGUGUUCAAAUAUUUUCCUAUUAAGAAACAUUUUGUUAGUCAAGAUUUGUAUUAUUUUUCCAAGAAGGUCCAAUAUUUUUCAUGUGUUCUUGAAUAUAGAAAACAGACUGAAAUGGUCAUUGUUUUUCUUACUACAAAUAACAAACACGUAAAGAAAAUAAAGUUCACCUAUUAUUCCAACACUGAAGAUCACUAUUACAAACAUUUUGGCAUAUUUUCUUCUAGUUUUCCUGGGAGGAAAUGUUUCUAUUUCUUUGUGUAUAGAUGUAUGUAAACAUACUAUGUGCCCAUAUGCACACACAAAUAUAUAAAUCCCUGCACAUACAUUGCUUCACUCACUUAUCUCCUUGCGCCCACUCUCCAUGGCUUCCCACUCAUGCAGACACACACAUCCUCUCCCACACACCUCUCCAAAUACACCUUGAAUACCUGUCCCUUACACAGUCUUACAUCCACUUGUACAUCCUCAUGUGCAUGCAUAUACUGUCACAAAUACACAUCUUCCCACCUCACUCUACCUUGCUCAGUCUUUCACACACACACACACUCAUUCAUGUACUUUUCAUACAUACCCUCACAGGAACACAUCUCUUCAUACACCAUCUGCCACACUUUUUCCCACAAUUAAAAAUAAAUUGUAUAUAUCAUUGCAACUGUAAAACAAUAUUGAGGUAUAUGAAGAAAAAAGUGGAUUGCCUUUUGGAUGCGGCCUCUCCCUUGGGUAAUCAAAGCAAUCAGUCCAAUGUGUGACGUGUGCCUGGUGUGUUUAGCAUGCCACACACCCCCUGCAUGCUGGUGGGCUGACCUGUAUGGAGCACGCAUUGAUGCCUCUGGCUUUGUGUUGGGUUUGGGGAAUGGGGAGCCUCAGCAGGAGCCUGGGAGUAGGGAGGAGAGUGAUUAGACGUUUCCACCCUUGAAUUCACCUGGACAGGCUCUGCCCCUCUCCCAAAGGCCACUGCUCCUCUCCUUUCAAGGUGACUAUCUCCUGGAUUUGGGGAACUGCACCUCCUCAUGUCUUUUGAGGUCCAGGGGAAGUACCAGCUCUAUUGUUGCCCUAACCUCAUGGUUUCCCUAUACCCUGCCUAUCCUUUUAAGAUAAAACCUCCUUUAAUUAUUCUAAUGUGAGUGUAUCAUAUGUUUUGUAUUGAGACCCUGACUGAUGCUUCUUAUGGCAACUUAAACAUAUAUUUUCUCAGCAUGGGGGUCAUAUAUUAUGCAUAUAGUUAUAAAUAUUUUAUUGUCUUUUAUUAAAUUAAGAACAUUUCCAACAUCUUUAAAUAUUUGAAUAGCUGUAUAAUAUCCCAUUUAAUGGUUGUACCAUAAUUUUAGUACUACCUAUUUUUGAAAAAUGUUUAAAUGGAAUGAUGCAGUAUAUAUUCUUCUAUUCAAUUUAUGUUGUUGGAAUCAUCCAUGUUGUUGGUGUGGCAAUAGUUCAUUCCUUCUUAUUAAUGUAUAAUAUUCCAUUAUAUACAUAUACUACACAUUACUUAUCUAUUUCACUGUAGAUAGGCACUUCAGUAGAUUCCAGUUUAGAGCUCUCAUGAAGAGUAUUUUCUGAACACUUUGUACAUACUUUUUAGUGAACAUAUAAUUGAUUUCUUCUGGGUACAUACAUAAAAAUAUGAUAACUGGUUACUGUAAUUAAGUUAAACUUUCCCUUUUUACUGUAUAUUCAGGUGACCUCCUUCUUUCCAUAAAAAUAAUACUGUGGUGGUGAUUUUUCUAGUAUGUGAAUAAUUAUUUCAUUAGGAUAAAUCUUUAUAAAUUUUUACCAAAAUUGUCACUUUAUAUUCUAAUCAUCAGGCAAUGAACAUUCUUAGGAAAACAAUGUUUUUAAGUAUAUGUGAAAAUGAAUUAACUUGAGGCAUAUAACAUGAAAUUCUACAUCCUAGUUACAGUAAGCCUAGAUUGUCUUCAAUUGCUCUGUUGAGUAAAAAUAAAAGAUACUGGUUAAAGAUUUUUGUAGCAUUCUCUCUAAUAAAGAAUAUAUUCCAUUGACAUUCCUAUUUUAAAACCAUUAGGAGAAAUAAUGCAGCAGACAUGUGAACAGAUUCCAGGAUGUCAGAGGUCCUGUGAUAUCAAAAUAUAUCCAAAUUCCAAAGAAAGGGAUGCUAAAUUCAUUUACUCAAUGGAUAUAUACUGAAUACAAACUGGAUCAGGCAAUCUGUUCAAUGCCAAGAGCACAAAAAUGAGUCAGUGACAGUCCUUUGGUAUUAUGAUUUCUGUUUAAAGAAAGAGUGAAUGAAUGAGAUCAACAUAUUGUUUAUUGCCUAUAAUGAUCUGAGCUCUUUCAACUUAGAUCUUUAUUAGGCAUUCACUUAUUUAAUCCUCCUGGCUGCCCUGUGGGGUAGGUAUGUUAGGUAGGAAGAUAGAUGUGAGCAGCAGGGGAAGGGGAAGAUAAGUUUCAAGGAAAAACUGGCCAAAGUCUGUCUAGGUAGGGGGUCCCACGUGAAGACAACAAAGUCUUUGCAGGAAAAUAACUUCUUUGCCCAUCGGGACCAGACCAAACUGCUCCCAACCUGAUCCCAAUGUGGGCACGACCGAACAAAACAAGGACUGCCCAAACCACGCCUCAUCAUAGGGAAGGACAUGCGCACUGAGAAAGAUGGUUAUACAGGAGGACAUGUCAAUCACAUAACCCCACCUUGUCAAUCAAAGAGGCGCCUCCUAGCCAGAAUGUAAUAUAUAGCAUCCCGCCCAAUGGAUUUAGGACUUUGUGUACCUUGACUCUGGCCUGCUCUUCUCUUGGAGUGUAUUCAAAUAAAACUCCCUCUGCUUCA